AGCGAUUUGUCCUCAAACAGAAUCAAGAACAUUACACGUGGCGUAUUUUUCAACAAUAAACUUCUUCGCUUCGUGUAAGUUUAUUUUACUUUUGUCAUUUGAAAAGGAAUUAGUCAUUUAUCUUACCCGGAGUAACUAAUCCAAACAUUUCGGUAAUCGAACUAUCGAACGAUCGGUGCUAUUGAGUUUAGUGAUCGAUCAUGAUAAUAGAAGAGUGUCCAACUUCGCUUGGUUUCUGGGAACAAAACUAAACCUAUUUUAUUUAUUUGACAUGGAAAUUUUUAACUUUUACCUAUGUCUUCCCUGGAUUCGCUUGAAAGUUAUGGAAUGAUGCGAAUGGAUUGCAGAUAUAGUUGAAGGUUUUCAAAUAGAGGUUGUCUGUACAAAACUCAAGUAAAAGUCACGGUACUGUCAAUAUUUCAACUGACUUCAUAGGGCAAUUAUCUGAGUGAGGAUCGGAAAGUUUGGGGAGCAUUCCAACUGAAACCUCGAUAAAGCUCCUCCCUUUGCAGUUUGACACCAUAUUCGUGUGCAGAAAUUCUCGUUACUUAUUAACCUUUGAAGACUGAGAAAUGGAAUUAACCCGACUGGUAUAUUAAAAAAAGGAAGAAACACUUUUCUUCUGGUUUACAUAUCUUGUGAGUUAUACUUAGUCCCAAUUUUCACCCACGUUAAUAAGCUUAACAAAUGGUUGUAAACAAGAUCGAAUGGCGAAAGGACACCAUUGUAGAUUAUUGAUGUUUGGAGUUUUAUUUCUUACCUUUUUGCUCGACUUCUGGUAAUACUUAGGCUACUGUUAAGCUUGAUAGUCUUAUAAAUACAUAAGUUUUCAAUUAGUUCAAUGAAACUUAUGGCGUUUAUGUUUGUUAGGUCAGGUACUAUAAGAAAGGGGGUGCCAAGAAAAAUAUUAAAUAAUUCAAUGACCACAACAUCGGUUCACUGAUCACAAAUCACUUCAAUAAUCCAAGUUUCAUUCCAUAAACGAGCCUGAACUGUACCAUAGAUUUAUAAGUGCGAUUUAAGGCAGUGGAAAGGGAAAGGGUGGUCCUUACUUAAUUAACUCAGUGGCGAUAAAUAAAAUAUCGGUACAGUUCAGUUUUCAUUGUAGUUCAAUAAGGACACAGUAGUUCAAUGACCACAACACAAGUUUUGUAAGCAACAAGCUUAUUGUGUUUCCGUUUAUUGGGUCAGGAACUAUGAAAGAGGGGAUGCCAAUGCAAGGGAAAAAGGAUUAAAUAAUUCAGUGACCACACAUCACUUUAAUGACCACAAAUCAGUUCAAUAAUCAAAGUUUCAUUCCAUUAACUAAUCGUGACUGCACCAUAGAGUACUAAGUGCUAUUUAAGGCAUUGGAAAGGGAAAGGGUGGGGGUUUAAAGACAGUGGUGGACUGUGGACAUAUUAAAGUUGUGUUUCGUGCCAUCUCCUCGAAGUUUGAGUCUUUGAAGUCGCAAAACUUGCUUUGUGAAGACAUGUCAGACUGGGAUGGAUAUAACUGUUAUAAACAAAGAAAAUAAUGCUUCGUUUACUAAGUAAUCUUUAACAAUUUUUUUAUGAUAAUGAUGUGGGAGGAUAAUAUGCGAAUUAAGUAGUUUUCAAACGAGAACAAGGUUGAUAAAAUUGUAACAAGUGUCAUAAUUUUAUUUAUUUUUUUAUAAAAGACGGCACAAGAAAAAAACAGACAAAAGAAAAUCAGUUUCAAUCUUCUAUGUCUGAAACUGGUGGUCAUAGAAAAAAUAUUGCUUGCAGCAUGUUUACAAUCUUACUUGGAGAUAGUAUCCUUACAAAUCAAAACAGCUUGAGAUUGAAAUUAAUUUUCGUAGACAGAACGACUUGAAAACUAAAAUUACGAGGACUUUUUUGGGACUUUUAACAUUUAGGGCAUGAAUUUUUCGUCAUUGUAGGUCAUGGAGCCUAAAAAUGUGCCUAGCUAGCCGUAGAGACGAGCAAUACGUCAUAGCAGGCAUAAUCAUUGGCUGAUUAAGGAAAAUUCCCUCAUCAAUGUCAGAGAAUUCUGUAUUUUAAAGCCUCCCCUUGGGCAUGACUCAGCAACUGAGGACAUUUCUGCUAUGUUUUUAAUUUUGGUUAGCAUGCAAGGAUUUUUCCCAUGCCUAUUGUCAAUGAUUUGCUCACUGGUAAUAGAGGGACUGACGCCAGAGUGUUUUUGUUGUCUUUGCAUUUAAAUUGGCAUGCAACGGAAAUUUGCAUUCCCUUAAGCAUAUUUUGAUGUUCCGUGACCUUCUCACCAGCGCCGAGAGAAGCCUAGGUUCUAAUAAGGAAUUCAUACCCAGCAUGUCCUGCGUGCCAAAAUCUCCGGCGUGCCGGGCAUGCCAAAUUCUCGGGCAUGCCGGGCAUUUCAAAGUCUGCGGCACGUCGGGCAUGCCAAAAUCAGUCUCUGGCAUGCUCUAAACGCACAGGUUAGUUCCUUGAAUAUUACAUCUAUUUUAAGCCUGGCCAAAAAAAAAAUAAACAGAUCGCCGUGCUUAUCUUUUGAUGUACAGGUUAUAGGUCAUUUACACGAUUACGUCAUUGCUAUUCCUUUCAUUUUUAUAAAUUUGGUAAUCCCAACGAAGUUUAAAUAACAAAAGCUCUAAUUUACAUAAGAAAGCAAAACGUUGAAGGAUUCUGGUUGUAGUAAUAAAAUAGCUUCGUCGUGCAGAUGACCCCUUGGGGGAUGGUAGAUCUUUGAAUGCAAGCGAAGUAUUUUAUUUUUUGCAUAAAUAAUGUUGUUUUGUUGUCUUUUUUAAAUAAAUCCAGCUUGUUCAAGAACUUCUGUCUUCAGUUUUGCCAGUCGAUCCCGUGACAUACUUGUUGAUUAAUGAUUAAUUUUGCGCCAAAAACGAAACGCAACGUAUGUAUCUGGGACAUCGCAAGAAAUCUCGAACCAAAUUUCGACAAAUUUUUUGUGCUAAUUACCUGAAUAUGUUUCGUUAAUGGUUGAAGCUGCUGUCACAUCCGGUCUUGUACGGGCUCAUUGUCACGAUACACAUACACGACAGUAUUUACAGUAAAAAAAGGUGGCCACUGAACGAAAAUAUUGUCGAUUGUUCUGAAAUGUGUUCAAAAUGGAUGAAAUUAUCUCUCGAACGAGAGGUUUUGCAUGAAGUUUUCAUUAGCCUUGGAGUCCUUACUGAAAUGUACGUUGUUUUCAAAGUUAAAAACCGAAAGAAAUUUUAAUCGGCAAGUAUAAAAUGUAACUGGAAGAAAAACAUUGAGUGUUCCGACUACAUUUCCGAUACCCCUAAAGGUAAGUAGUAUUCAGGUUAUAGCAUUAUAAAGUGAAAAUUCUUGCGUUCUGCGUUAAGUAGGUUAUAGCAUUAUAAAGUGAAAAUUAUUGCGUUCUGCGUUAAGUAAGGUCGUAGAAUAUAUACUCUUCAAAUCUCGAAAACCGAACCGAAAUUAAGGGUUCUAAUGACAAUUGAUCGAGGCUUACAAACAAAGACCGACUGUACGCAAUCAAAAGUAGUUAUCCCCAAAGCCGAUAAUUUGAAAACCUUUUCAGAGAACAGAUUAACAAAAAAUGUCCUAUAUGUCUUCUUCUUCUCACUUCGUAACUGCGCAUGUCGGUUCAAAAUUUCUGGCGAUGACUCUCUUCCCUACCCUCUGUACGGGCGGACGCGUAUGUUGACGUCCUAACCAACUUUUCUGGCAUCAGGUAGCCGUAAGAUGGCCAAGCAGGGACUCUAGGCGCUCAAGCCAGUCAGAGUUUCUAAAAAUACGUGUAGAUCUAAAUACAUCACUUCAGCAAGUGCUUUGCUGUGCUUGCUACGACCUCGGAUCUCGACCGGCAAAAUGCUCAAGAUCAAGUUGAAGGUCUUCAAUAUCUUUCCGGUGUUUGAAGUUGAUGUCGUUUCGAAUAUAUGCACCGGCACCACCGCCUUUUAUUGAUUCUCGGUUCCGAAAAACUGUACUAUAACCCGGCACAGACACGAAGUCCAGUAAGGAGGGAUUGUCUUUCAGCCUCGUCUCGCUUAGUGUUAUAACAUUCAGUGGAUAUUCAUUAAUCGUAAUAACGAAUUCAUCACACGUCGAGACCAUGCUCUAGGUAUUAAAGGUGCAUAAUCCGUAAACACUGCAUGUGACACUCUGUUGAUUUAGCCUAACUGUUUUUUCACAUUCCUCACAUUUUGCGGACUUCUGUUUAGCAAGAGAUCCGGUAUUCACGGAGAUGUCUCCGCCACGCAGAAGGGUCUGGCGGGAUGUACUGGAGUUAGCGUAGUAUAAGCAAGGACAAUGAGUUCUUCUUGGCUUUUGGUGGAUGAAUAGACGGCUUCUGGGAUAAAUUAAAGAAAACACGCAUAAGCCAUUGUAUUUCCGUAAGUUGACGAACAUUUGCAUGUCGGUCCUGCAUCAGUGAGCUCAGGGAACAGUAAGGCUUGAUCAGACAAUACAAAACAUGGUUGCAAAAGUGUGUCAUUAGCAUUGCAAAUUCUUUGCGUUGGUUUGGUCAAGUUCAAGUACUAUGCGAGAAACAGACUUCCAAGGCUGUUUCUAGAUAGAUAGAUAGAUAGAUAGAUAGAUAGAUAGAUAGAUAGAUAGAUAGAUAGAUAGAUAGAUAGAUAGAUAGAUAGAUAGAUAGGUAGGUAGGUAGGUAGGUAGGUAGGUAGUUUCAACAUUGCUGGUGGGCAUACAACAGUUACAAGAAAAAUAAGAAGUACUGAAAACAAAUGUACAAUUAAAAAUUAAAAACUGUUAAAAAUAUUUGUAACCGACAUCUCUGUUUUCAGUUGUAGCUAAAAUAGGUUGUGCAAAUGUACAAUUAAAAAUAAAAACUGUUAAAAGUAUUGGUAACCGAUAUCUCUGUUUUUAGUUGUAGCUAAAAUAGGUUCGAAAUUCAUUUUAUCAGUAUAAAAUUUUGCAAGACAGCGUUUAAAUUCUUUCAAGGUUUUAGCCCUGGUUUCCUUGUUCGUGAAACUGUCCCAUGCGAUUGAUCCUGUAUAGCGUGUAGAUUUUCUUAGAAAAUUCAUUUCUGGUCUUGGAAGAAUACAUGAUGUUUUCAUUUCUUCUGCGGCCUAAAUUCCUCUGUAAAAAACUCUUUAAAUAACCUUUUAUACAUUUGAAGAAAAACUCCGCUAACGCAAUUUGUACAUUGUUUCCAGACUGUCCCAUCCAGUUCGCGUUAAGACCCCAUCAGCGCUGGUGCCUCAUGGCAACCCAUAUAUAAUUCGUCCAGCCCUUGCAUGGAGUUUCUCCAGGUUGUUUAUGCGCGUCUUGUUGCACGAUCCCACACUGUCAGACCGUAUGUAACUGAUGGCAUUAUCACUUUCGUGUAAAAGUCUUCUAACUUCCGACGGAGGAAUCGCAUGCGUCGGAGUAAACUUAACUUGGAUGCGAAUGACGUCGAUAUAUUUGCAGCAUGAUCUGACCAGGAUAACUUGUUAUCAGACUUGUUAUCGACUCAUACUCCAAGGAGUCUUUCUGAGGUUGCCCACUUUAUGACGUUGUUGCCAAAACGAAGAGCUUGGAUAAGGCCAGUAAAUGUUGGUUGCCGCUGGAUUAUCAUUGCUUUACAUUUUUCUGGGUGUGGUACCAUCAAAUUUCUGUCGCACCAUUCCUGGAGUUCUGCUAGGACAUUUUUUAGUGUGUUUGUUAGCAAAUCCAUCGUUUCUGCGAUACAGUAUAUUGUUGUGUCGUCUGCAUACAGAUAAGUUUCCGCAGAGCGUAGUUAGUGAUUUCGAGAGGUCGUUUGUAAAGAACGAGAAAACGUGGGUCUGAGGACCGACCCUUGCAGCACUCCGUGAGUUACAAUAUAAUGUGUGUAUCGGAGUCGCAUCCGUUGAUUCUCACGAACUGUCUUCUUUCUGUGAGGUAGUUCUUUAACCACAGCCGGAUAUCUCUCCUGAUUCCAAGUUCGUUCAGCUUUUGUAGUAAUAUAUUGUGCGACACCGUGUCGAAAGCUUUAGUGAGAUUGACAAACAGUAUUCCCACGAAAAGCCUCCUUGCUAUUGCUUCUCUCCACCUCUCUGUUAGGUGUUUUAAAAGCUGUUCUGUUGACUUUCCCUUCAUAUUAGCCCAUUGCCUGUCUUCAAGUAAAUUUUGCGUAACCACGUGAUUAAUGAUAUUACUUGCGACGCAGGAUUCCAUUAAGUUACUGUCUUGGUAUGUAUGCUGAGCAUAGAUAGUGGUCCGUAACAUGUUCUGUCUUCCUCUCGUCCUUUUUUGAACGCCGCACUGACUCUAGCUAUUUUCCACUGGUCUGAUGACUUGCAGGCUUUAACACUGUGUUCAAACACGAUCGUGAGAGAUGGGGCAAUAGACACACCUUCAUACUUUAAAAGACGCGCGGAUACGCCGUCUAGCCCCGUCGCUUUCUUCACUAGAACCAUUCGUAUUCACAGCAAGAGCAUCACUUCUAAAGGCAAGACUGAACCUUACAUAACCCCUGAAUUCAAUUUCCGUUCCAGUUAUAAGUUGACUUAGGAAGAAUAGUGGCAGAAAGAUGGAGCACAUGUCCUCCGCGAUAACCGUAUGAUAAUUAAUGUUAGUUUUUUUUGGAGGGCCACGCUUAUAUUAUCUGUGGAUAUCAAGUGAAACCCUCAUUUAGAAAAGUAUCUAUCAAUAUAUCUAUCGAUCCAUCCAUCAUCCCAUCCAUCUAUCCAUCCAUCCAUCCAUCCAUCCAUCCAUCUACCUAUCUAUAUAUUUAUCUAUCUAUCUAUCUAUCUAUCUAUCUAUCUAUCUAUCUAUCUAUCUAUCUAUCUACCUAUCUACCUAUCUAUCUACUUAUCUAUCUAUCUAACGUCUAGUGAGCUAAAAUACGUUCGUUCAAAAUACGUUUGUGCUAACCGGAAACUGCUUUAAAUGUCUUAUUUAUAUUUACCCUAUUUACCCUCGGCAGUAUUUAUAGCACUAAUGCUAGUGGGGCUGAGCAAAUGCCUGAAACAAAUAAUCUAAAUCAAACUUAAGAGGUUUAAGAAUCCGAAAUGGCUGGAGGCAAACUAGCUGGCUAUUUACAAGUGUGGCCCAGGAUUUGAACCCGGAACGACCAAGAACAAAUCCAGCUAGCGGUCAGAGCGAGUUUUGAACUCGGGGCCUUCGAACUGCAAGUCCAGCGCUCUAAGACUCCUCUAACCACUCGUCCACUCUGUGGCUUCGACAGAGCGCCCUCGUAGAUAAACUAUUAAUUACCAUCAUGAUACUGCAUUCUUCUUUGCUGAAUUAUAGAUUGCUCAAUAAAAAUCACCUUCAGUCAAUCAGUGAUGAAGCUUUCGAAGCCCAGAGACAGCUUGGCAUAUUGUAAGUAUAGUCCACUUUUCGGAAAAGAUGUUAUGAUGACCGACCCAAGGCAGAGUAAAGAAAGUAGUUACCUCGUAUUGUUACAACUUUUAUAAAGAAGGAAAACCAUUAUGAAUAAUCAAGGCAUAAUAACCUCAGUUCCGCAUGUAGUUACUUCCCGGAGCAGAAAAUAGAUAAGAAACGAAAUCGAUAAAAAUCGUUCGCGAUCAAGUGAUUUUAUCGAUUGAUAACGGAAAACGGUGAAAAGCUAUCGAGAGAAAUCUUUUAGUCUGAAUUUCGGACAUCUCUUUGACUCUAGAGGAUGUCUGAAAUUCAGACUGGGCAAUCUUUUAUUUAUAUGAUACCGUUGCGAGAUUUCGUACCGGAGUUAAAUUCUCGCCCCGGUACAAAAACCGGGGUGAGCUCACGCCGGAGUGACUCGCGCCUAUAUAUGGCGUUAAAUCUCCGCCAAAAAUCAAGUUUUACUUUCAACAUGCUUUGAUCGUCGUCAGAAACUCAAAUGUUAAGACGAAGGCUUCAAUGUUGAAACGAAGACUGGAUUCUUGAAGCCAUUAGUUGAGUGUUCAAGAGGCAACUUCAAUCUUGAAUCUUGUUUAGCGUCUUUGAACUUGUCUGAUGUUGAAUGCAAAGAAACUGUUUUGUUCCUAAAAGUUCAUAUCUAAAUCGUAAACAUAACGGUUAAAAUGAAAACUUGGAUGUUGAAAGAAAAACUUGAUUUUUCAGGGGCACCCGACGUCAAUUUUCGGAAAAUAUGUAUUCGGAAGACGAUUUGAGAUCUAGAAUUUUCGGAACAUUUGUUGUAAAAUGUCUUGCUUGCCUGCCUCUCCUAUGAUUUUCGAACAUCUAAAAAAUGGUAUAAUUGCUCAUUUUUAACGGAUUUUUUCCCUAAAAAGGUCAACUAGAAUUUUGGGAGCCUUUUUUCUGGCUGAAAUUUUCGAAAAGGUAAGUUUCGAUUCCUAUAACUUUCGGAUCACUGGACUCUUCAGCUAGUAAAUCCGAACAGAUGAAAAAUUUUUAGGGGAUAAAAAUAUGCCUAUAUCUACCGUUUAUAUACUAAAAUAGGUUUAACAGUGCUAUGUUUAAGUGGCUUUGAACUAUAUUCUCGUUGGGUGCCCCUGAUUUUUGGCGGAGAUUUAACGCCAUACCGCGCCGGCAUGGCAUUUUGUGGUGGUAUCAUGUAAACAAAUAUAGAGUCAUGAGAGGGAACCUGAGUGAACUCGCGCCGGCGAGAAUGUCGCCCCGAUGUCAUGUAAACACCCCCUUAGUUUAAGCUGGUACUUCGUUUAACAGGCAAAAUGAAGAAAAGAAAGUCUGCUUUUAGUUUUGUAGCUGAAUUGUGUUAUCACAAAUUUUUAGAAAGGUUUCUUUUCAACUUUAGACGUAGAUGACAAGUGGCUUUUAGUGAAAAUAAGGAAUGCGUUCGUAUAGCCACAGCAAGUAGUCAAUCAUGCAAACAUCUAUUUCUGAAAUAGCCUUAGAGAAAGGAUUAAGAAGAUGCAUGUCUGCGAACAUAUUCGAGGGAGAGGGAAAUGGAUAUUCCCUUUGUACCGGACUAUUAGGACUUAGCGGAAGAUCCCUUCUCCUAAUUUACGUUCAAGGAACUAGUCCAAGAGAGAAUAAUUGGACCUGUCCAGUUAUUUUCUCUUAAUCCGCUCAAGUGGCUCACAAACUCGGGGAAGGUUUCUCGUCUAACAAUGUAUUUCAAGGACUGAUUGAUCACUUGAUUACUGGCGUUUCGACUGGCAGCUUCUUAUAUACUAACACUUACGCAAUUCAAACCUUUAGAGUGCUUUCAGAUAAUCCUCUCAAGACUAUUGGGCAUCGGGCUUUCAGUAUCCCAGAGAAACCACAUAAGAAGGUCUUGAUGUAAGUAUAAACCGAUUUGUAUUAUUUAUGAAUGGUUCAUAACUUUCGCCAAGUAGUAGUAUUUAGUACUAGUAGUAGCAGCAAAGCUUUAUUUGAAAUCGGAUUGAAGAGUCGCACAUGAGCGCAAGCUAGCUCACAAAGUUCAGACAAACGAACAUUGUUUGUAAAGUGAUCUAUACUAGCGGUAGCUCUAAGAUUAUGACGAUGAUGUGAACUGCCUAAAUACAAAUUUUGAAUGAAGAUAUGAUCGUCGCAUUAAUGUUUAUUGCAAUUAUGCAAAUAAACCCGCAAACAUUUUCGGUACUUCAACGGGAUGCGAAGCCAUGGCCUCUACGUUAGCGCUGCAGUGCUCCAUCAUUGAGCUAUGAAGACCCAGCAGACCAAUUUGUUGAGUUUAUUUUAACCCGUGAAAGGAAUGAGACAUGAAGAUGAUGUGAGCCGCGGAAAAACAAAUUUUGAAUAAAGAUAUGAUCGUCGCGAUGAAGAUAAGAUCAUCAUCUAAAGUCUAAACUAUUUUAUAGUUUGGGUUCUAAAAAUUUGAAAGAGGGUGUUCCAUAAAAGGUGGUAUUGACACGUGGCAACUGUAAAUUGUUUUUACCUGUAAGCUGAUUGCUAGUUCUAGGUACGAGUGGUGCUGAUAUGUAGGUAGGUGUAACAGCUUGAAAGAAAUUUUAAUGAAAAGAAGAAGCAACAAUAAGUGAUAAUUAUGGGAACAAAUAGUAGUGGUAAUAGAUGAUACCAAAGAUAAUAAAAACUUUUCAGUUAACUUUUCGUUCUUUGCAGCUUCAUGAUUCGCACUCACUUAAAAGAAGUGAGCCUCCGAGUCUUGUCUUUUCACGAUUUUCAUAACCUAACUUCCGUCAUGUAAGUACGAUUGGUAUAUUAUCAGAACUGUUGUAGAAAUUGGCCAAAUACAUAACAGAGGGAGUUCUGCAUCUUCCUUCGCAAUAGCCCCACAAAAUAUACAAGUAUGAGGAUGUAUAUUAUAAACAUAUACAGUCGCUGUCAUCUUAUAAGGAAUCACACUCGUUCACUGCGCUCACUCGUUCAAUUUAGGAUACGUUAACAGCUUACAAUUGUGCAAAACCGCACGAGUACACUUUUCAUGAAGUAUUCUAUAUAAAACUCAAUUAUUGGUGUCCUUGCUAUUAGUUGCUUCGCUCGUAGGAAAUCGGGCUUUGAUAUCAAUAAGAAAGACUUAACUAUCCAUUUUUCGUUCUCUUUUGUAGAACCAUGAAUGAUGGUAAAAUUGGUACCAUGAAAGUUUUGGAUUCACUUCAACGAGAGCGCUGCACUUUUCAUCUGUUAGUAACUUUC